AUGGCUGCGACAGAGAAACGCCCCGAAAUCAUCGCGCUCUCCAAGGGGUUGCAGGGAAUACCCGUGUGUGAGGACUACGACCGCAUGAUAUCAGGCAUGAUGUACAAUCCCACCAUCCCUCAGUUGCUCGAGGCACGUCACCGCUGCCGCGGACUGGCGGCAGACUACAACAACCUGGACACAAAGACCGUGACCUACGACAAGAUCGCCGACGUGCGUCUUGAGCUGUUACGAAAGGUCGUUGGCAGAGUUGGAGAUGGGACAUUCAUCGAGCCACCUUUUCUGCCUGACUACGGCAGCAAUAUCAGUAUCGGAAAGGAUUGCUUCUUCAACUGGAAUGUGACAAUACUCGAUACCAGCCUUGUAGUCAUCGGCGAUCGAGUCCAAAUCGGCACCGGUGUGAGUCUGAUCACUGCCGGCCACGAUACCAGCAUUCUUUCACGCCGCAAAUUUGUCGAAUUCGGCCACCCUAUCUUCAUCGAGGAUGACUGCUGGAUCGGAAGUAACGUGAUUGUCCUGCCGGGCGUUCGAAUCGGCCAGGGAUGUACCAUCGGAGCCGGGUCUGUGGUCACAAAGGAUAUCCCGCCCUUCUCUGUUGCCGUUGGAGCCCCUUGCCGCGUGAAGAAGACGAUUCAAUCGGCAGAGGAAGAGGAGCAGGAUCCCAACAAUGAAUACCGCAACAUUGUUCGCGAGGACCGAUAG